GGGAGGAGCAGUCAGGGAAGGGGAUGUGUGUUAGUGUGUGGGGAGGGGUGCUUCUGCUGCUUCUCCUGUGCCCCUGCUCUGCCGGCUUGGUGGGGUCUCUUUGCUGCUACCUGCGCACACUUCUUGGACGAUAGUAGUUCCUGCGACCCGCGGCCUCCUGUGGAGAAGAACCUCGUUCCGUGCUGUCUGGAAGGGAGCUCCAUCUCAUCAACAUCUCACGGCCUGGCACUGCCUCAGCAUGGCCAUCUCAUCGCGCCUCGCCCUGUGGGAGCAGAAGAUUCGGGAAGAGGACAAGAGCCCUCCACCGUCCUCGCCCCCUCCCCUUUUCUCUGUCAUCCCAGGGGGCUUCAUUAGGCAACUGGUCCGGGAGACUGAGAAAGAGUCCAAGGAAGCGAGACGGAGGAAACAGGCAGUGCUUGCCUCUCCAGAACAAGAGACCCCAGAAAUUUCCACCAGCCAGCCCAACAGCAAGUCUGACAGUGACACCAAAUCUGGAAGCCCACAGAUUUCCCAGGACAACCAGUCAUGCUCUCCCCAGAGCUCAAACGUUCCGGGCAGGGAGCACGAAGGGGCUGAUGGCACUGACCCUGUGCUGAGGACCAGCAUCAAUGGCGAGAAGCCCCAGGAGCCAGGCCCUAGUGGGACACCAGCCAGAAAGACCCCGCACUUCAAGAGGGGUGUGAGGAGGGGUGAUGUGUUGUUGAUGGUGGCUAAGCUGGACCCGGACUCAGCCAAGCCGGAGCAGAGGACCCAUCCCCAUGACUCCCCAACUCGCAAGACCUCACCCCAAGCCACAGACCCUGGAGGGGAAAAGAAGGGGGGAACCCCAGGGUCUCCUUGUGACCCCAAGGUCAGCACUGAGGAUUUGGCCCUGAAGGCUGAGAAGAACCAGACUGGGGGUCUUGGGGAUGCAGGCCAAGGAACUGUGCUACCGACAAAAGGCGAGAAGGGUCAAGGCACAGAAAGGAAGGGGGGCAGUGCCCCCCAGAGCAAAGGUCCAAAAGGGGGAGAGCCUCAGGGCAAAGAUGGGCAGGGGACUAAGCCCCAAGCCCAAGGGUCAGGUGAGGGGGGACGACUGGGGACAGAGGAGAAGGAGGGAGAGGACCCCUCAAAUAAGAUGGAAAAGGUGAAUCUCUCCAAGGAUACAGGAGGUGAAGGAAAAUAUUUUGGGCCUCAAAUUCAGAUGAGAAAUUGGGGAGUUUCCCUAGGCAGAAGGAGCAAAUGGGCUGGCCCCCAGAAUAAGGAAGAUAAAGAAGGUGAGCCUCAGACCAAGGUGGAGAAGAUGGGCAAAAUGCAGGGGAAGGUGGGAGAUUCUCUGAGAAAGAUGGAGAAAGCAGGAAAGCCACAGAGCGUGACUGGGAAGGCAGGUGACCUCCAGGAUAAGACAGAAAAGGUGGAGCAACCUCAGAGUAGGACUGGGGAGGCAGGGGAAGCUCGGGGUCAGGCAGAGAAGGGCUGGAAAGCCCCAAAGGAGGUGGCUACAAGGGCAGAGUCACCAGCAGCAGCUGAGAAGGGGGGCCAGCCGGAAAACAGAGGACAGAAAGCAGAGGUGCCCUGUGCAGGAGCAGAGCUGGGAGGACCCAGGCAGCCUGCUCUGGAGAACGAUGCAGAAAAGCUCCAGAUCCAAAAGGAGAACCAGCAGGGGCCAGUUCCACAGGAUGGGGGCAAAGGAGGCCAGAGCAGAGACUCAGACCAGGCUCCUGAGGACAGAUGGUAUGAGGCAGAGAAAGUCUGGCUGGUUCAGAAGGAUGGAUUUACUCUUGCUCCCUGGCCUGCCUCAGAGCCUCUCUGCCCUCCCCUCCCCUUCUUCUCUCUCUGGGCUGUCCAACCAGCAACGGUGCUAAAGCCAGAUGAGGGAACAGCCGACCUCCCGGCAGGAAGGGUGCGGCUUUGCAUUGAUGCUGACAAAACCAUCACUGAGGUGGAUGAGGAAAAUGUUCACCGGGCCAACCCCCCCGAGCUGGACCAUGCUGAGGACCUGGCCUCUCUCGUUAGUGUCAAUGAAUCCAGCGUCCUGAACACACUUCUGCAGCGCUACCGGGCUCAGCUGCCGCACACCUUCACGGGGCCCGAUCUGAUUGUCCUCCAGCCCCAGGGACUCUCGGUGCUCUCUGCAGGCAAGGUGCCCCGGGGCCGCCGGGAUGGCCUGCCUCCCCACAUUGGCUCUCUGGCCCAGCGGGCAUACUGGGCACUUCUGAGCCAGCGGAGAGACCAGAGCAUCGUGGCCCUGGGCCGGAGUGGCUCUGGGAAGACCACCUGCUGCCAGCAGGUCCUGGAGCACCUGGUCGGGAUGGCAGGCAGUGUGGAUGGCAGGGUCUCAGUGGAGAAGAUCAGAGCCACCUUUGCUAUCCUCCGGGCCUUUGGUUCUGUGUCCACGGGCCACAGCUGCUGUGCCACCCGGUUUGCCAUGGUGAUGUCGCUGGACUUCAAUGCCACAGGCCGAGUCACGGCUGCUCAGCUCCAGACAAUGCUUUUGGAGAAGAGCCGUGUGGCACGGCAGCCAGAAGGGGAAGGCAACUUCGAGGUUUUCUCCCAGAUGCUAGCUGGGUUGGACCUGGAUCUCAGGACAGAGCUGUACCUGCACCAGAUGGCAGACAGCAACUCUUUUGGCAUGGGCGUGUGGUCCAAGCCUGAAGACAAGCAAAAGGCAGCAGCUGCCUUUGCCCAGCUGCAGGGUGCCAUGGAGACGCUGGGCAUCUCAGAGAGCGAGCAGCAGGCCAUUUGGCGGGUGUUGGCAGCCAUCUACCACCUGGGUGCGGCAGGGGCCUGCAAAGUGGGCCGGAAGCAGUUCAUGCGAUUUGAGUGGGCAAACCACGCAGCUGAAGCCCUGGGCUGUGAGUACGAGGAGCUGAACACCGCCACCUUCAAGCACCACCUGCGGCAGAUCAUCGAGCAAGUGACGUCCAGGCCCAGUCGACGGGGCUUUGAGGAUGAGGAGACCAGCUCAGCUCCAGGACUCAAGAUGACGGGUGUGGAGUGUGUGGAGGGAAUGGCUUCGGGCCUGUACCAAGAGCUCUUUGCGGCCGUGGUCUCCCUUAUCAACAGAUCCUUCUCCUCCCACCAUCUCUCCAUGGCUUCCAUCAUGGUGGUAGACUCUCCAGGCUUUCAGAACCCCCGGCACCAGGGCAAGGACCAGGCAGCCACUUUCGAGGAGCUGUGCCACAAUUACACCCACGAGCGCCUGCAGCUGCUUUUCUACCAGCGGACCUUCGUCUCCACGCUGGAGCGAUACCGAGAGGAAGGUGUUCCUGUGCCCUUUGACCUCCCGGAGCCCUCCCCAGGGACCACUGUGGCUGUUGUGGAUCAGAAUCCCUCCCAGGUUCGCUUAUCAGCUGGAGGGGGAGCUGAAGAUCCCAGAGGCCUUUUCUGGGUCUUGGAUGAGGAAGUCCGGAUAGAGGGCUCCAGUGACAGCAAGGUGCUUGAGCGUCUGUCUGCAGCCUUUGAGAAGAAAGGAGCUGGGGCUGAAGAGACCUCUGCCCUGCGGACCUGUGAGCAGCCCCUCCAGUGCGAGAUUUCCCACCAGCUGGGACGGGAUCCCAUACGCUACGACCUCACGGGCUGGCUGCACAGAGCCAAGCCCAACCUCUCGGCCCUGGAUGCUCCCCAGGUCCUGCAGCAGUCAAGCAGGGAGGAGCUGCGGAGCCUUUUCCAGGCCCGGGCCAAGCUGCCACCCGUGUGCUGGGCCAUGGCAGGCCUAGAGGGCACCUCCCAGCAGGCCCUGCAGAGGAGCCGCGUGGUAAAGAGGACGUUUGCCAGCAGCCUGGCUGUGUUGAAGAGGAAAGCCCCGUGCUCCCAGAUCAAGCUGCAGAUGGAUGCACUGACCAGCGUGAUCAGAAGGUCUCAGCUGCACUUUAUCCACUGUCUGGUGCCAAACCCAGUGGUGGAGAGCAGGGGACUGCAGAGGUCUCCAGUGCCACUACAGCCUGGUGAAGACAAGCCCGGGGCAUGUGGGCCUCAGGCCCUGGACAUUCCAGCACUGAGGGUUCAGCUCGCAGGGUCCCACAUCCUGGAGGCUCUGCGACUACACAGGACAGGCUAUGCUGACCACAUGGGGCUCACUCAGUUCCGCCGGCGAUUCCAGGUGCUGGACCCUCCACUCCUGAAGAAGCUCAUGGCAGCCUCUGAGGAAAUAGAUGAGAGGAAGGCCGUGGAGGAGCUCCUGCAGACCCUGGAUCUGGAGAAGAAGGUGGUGGCCAUGGGGCACAGCCAAGUUUUCCUCAAGGCGGGUGUGGUCUCCAGGCUUGAGAAGCAACGAGAGAAGCUGGUGUCCCAGAGCAUUGUUCUCUUCCAGGCGGUUUGCAAGGGCUUUCUGUCUCGCCAGGAAUUCAAGAAGCUGAAGAUUCGCCGACUGGCCACACAGUGCAUCCAGAAGAACGUGGCUGUGUUCCUGGUGGUCAGAGACUGGCCAUGGUGGCAGCUGCUUGGUUCCCUUCGGCCCAUGCUGAGUGCCACCAUCGGGACUGAGCAGCUCCGAGCCAAGGAGGAGGAGCUUACAAUGCUGAGACAGAAGCUAGAGAAAUCAGAGAAGUCACGGAAUGAGCUCCGGCAGAACGCAGACCUACUAGAGAGCAAGGUUGCUGACUUGGCCACAGAGCUUGCUGAUGAGCGCUUCAAAGGUGACGUGGCCUUCCAGGUGCUGGAGAGUGAGCAGGCAGAGUGGCUGCAGGCCUUCCGUGAGGUCCAGGAGCUCAAGAGAAAGUAUGAGCAAGUCGAGAAGAAUUUGAAAGAAGUGGAGAAACAGCUGGAAGAAGCCCAGCAGAAAAUUCAGUUAAAUGACUUGGAAAAAAAUCACACUGGAGGAGCAGAUGAGUGGCAGAUGCGCCUUGACUGCGCUCAGAUGGAGAACGAUUUUCUCAGAAAGCGUCUACAGCAAUGUGAGGAGAGGCUGGACACAGAGUUGACGUCCAGAAAAGAGCUGGAGCAGAAGCUUGGGGAACUGCAAAGUGCUUAUGAGGGGGCCAAGCAGAUGUCUCACCAACUGAAGAGAAAGUGUCACCAUCUGACCUGUGACUUGGAGGACACUCGUGUGCUCCUGGAGAACCAGCAAAGCCGAAACCAUGAGCUGGAGAAGAAGCAGAAGAAGUUUGACAUGCAGCUGGGCCAGGCUCUGGGUGAGUCUGUGUUUGAGAAGGGCCUCCGUGAGAAAAUGACCCAGGAGAAUACCAGCGUGCGGUGGGAGCUAGGCCAGCUUCAGCAGCAGCUGAAGCAAAAGGAGCAGGAAACCUUGCAGCUGAAGCAAGAAGUGGAGAUGUUGCAGAACCAUAAGCAGGAGCUGCUGGGGUCACCCUUUCUGGGGGAAAACGGUGUUGCUGGCUUGAAGGAGAGACUCUGGAAGCUGGAAUCCAGUGCCAUUGAGCAACAGAAAAUCCACAACCAGCAGGAAAACACCAUCAAGCAGCUGGAGCAGCUCCGCCAGCGGUUUGAAUUGGAGAUUGAGCGGAUGAAACAGAUGCACCAGAAGGAUCGGGAGGACCAGGAAGAGGAGCUGGAGGAUGUCCGUCAGUCCUGCCAGAAGCGGCUCCGUCAGCUGGAAAUGCAGCUGGAGCAAGAAUAUGAAGAGAAGCAGAUGGUCCUCCAUGAGAAGCAAGACUUGGAAGGCUUGAUUGGAACCCUUUGUGAUCAGAUUGGCCAUCGGGACUUUGAUGUGGAGAAGCGUCUUCGGAGGGACCUCAGGAGGACUCAUGCACUUUUGUCAGACGUACAGCUCCUCCUGGGGAGCAUGGAAGAUGGCAAGACAUCAGUCAGCAAGGAGGAGCUGGAGAAAGUGCACAGCCAGCUGGAGGAGAGUGAAGCCAAGUGUGAGGAUGCUUUGAAGACCCAGAAAGCGCUGACGGCGGACCUGGAGAGCAUGCACAGCGAGCUGGAGAACAUGACCCGGAGCAAGAGCCUGGUGGAUGAGCAGCUGUACCGGCUGCAGUUUGAGAGGGCGGACCUCCUGAAGCGCAUCGACGAGGACCAGGAUGACCUGAAUGAGCUAAUGCAGAAGCACAAGGACCUCAUUGCUCAGUCUGCUGCUGACAUCGGGCAGAUCCAAGAACUGCAGCUGCAGGUGGAGGAAGCCAAAAAGGAGAAGCAUAAGCUUCAAGAACAAUUGCAGGUGUCCCAGAUGCGUAUUGAAUACCUGGAGCAGUCCACCGUGGAUCGAGCCAUAGUGAGCAGACAGGAGGCAAUCAUCUGUGACCUGGAGAACAAGACGGAGUUCCAGAAAGUGCAGAUUAAGAGAUUUGAGGUCCUGGUGAUCCGGCUUCGGGACAGCCUGAUCAAGAUGGGCGAGGAGCUGUCACGGGCAGCGACGUCAGAGUCCCAGCAGCGGGAGAACAGCCAGUAUUACCAGCGGCGCCUAGAGGAGCUGAAGGCUGACAUGGAAGAGCUGGUGCAGCGGGAAGCAGAGGCCAGCCGGCGGUGCAUGGAGUUGGAGAAGUACGUGGAGGAGCUUGCAGCAGUGAGGCAAACCCUCCAGACAGACCUGGAGACAUCCAUCCGGCGGAUUGCUGACCUGCAGGCGGCCUUGGAAGAGGUGGCAUCCAGUGACAGUGAUACGGAGAGCGUCCAGACGGCAGUGGAUUGUGGUGGCCAUGGAAAAAAAGAGAUGGAUAACGUCUCCAUCCUCAGCUCCCAGCCAGAGGGCAGUCUGCAGUCCUGGUUGAGCUGUUCUCUGUCCCUGGCCACAGACACCAUGAGAACCCCCUCUCGACAGUCAGCCACCAGCAGCCACAUCCUCAGCCCCAGGAUGAACAAAGAAGCAGGAGACACUGAGAGGACCCAACCUGCGUUGGCACUGAGCAGAGCCCGGGAUGUCCAUAGCAAGACCUCGGGAGACAAGUCUGUUUCUCCAGACUCCAUCUGCUGGCGAAAGUACUCCCAUCUGGGGGGUGGAGAAGGGUUUGGUGUCCAGAGAAAGCCCAAGGAGAGAUUAGGAGCUCUGUCUUCUUCUCUGGGUUCUCGGAGUACAGAUACAUCCCCAGUGUCCAGGGAAAAGCUGCCCAGUCCUUCGGCAGCCCUUUCAGAGUUCGUGGAAGGACUCCGGAGGAAGAGAGCCCAGAAGGGCCAGGGCUCCACUCUGGGCCUGGAGGACUGGCCCACUCUUCCCAUUUACCAGACCACUGGGGCUUCCACACUGAGGAGGGGCAGGGCUGGCAGUGAUGAGGGAGACCUCUCGCUGAGGUUUGGGGCAAAAUCACCCCCAGAAAUGGAGGGAGCCACUGGGACAUCAGCUGGUCUCCUGCGAUCCACCAGCCUGAAAUGCAUCUCUUCGGAUGGCACUGAGGGUACAACCCUGCUGCCUGAGAAGCGGAAGAUCCAGUUCAGUUCCUGUGAGUCCCUCCUAGAAUCAGGUCCCAGCUCGGGGAAGAAACUGAGCUCACCAACCAUACUCAGGAACACACUCUUAUCUCCCACGCUGCGUCCUCGGAGGCGGUGUCUGGAGUCUUCAGUGGAUGAUGCGAGCGGUCCAGACCUUGGGAAGGAGCCACUCGUCUUCCAGAACCGCCAGUUUACUCACCUGGUGGAGGAGCCUCUAGACAGUGACCCGUUCAGCUGGAAGCUCCCAAGCCUCAACUACAAGCGCAAGACCAAAGUGGACUUUGAUGACUUCCUCCCAGCCAUUCGGAAGCCCGAGGCUCCUACAUCCUUGGCUGGAACAGCCAAAGAUACGCAACACGGUCCACAACAUUCAAGCAUCCACUUUGAAACAGAAGAGUCUGACCGUUCCCUUCUCUUGGGGAUCAAGACCAUUCUGAAAAAGAGCCCAGAGUCCCAGGAGGACCCUGCUCACCUCUCUGACUCAUCCUCAUCCUCCAGCUCCAUUGUGUCCUUCAAAAGCGCUGACAGCAUCAAGAGUCGACCGAGAAUUCCACGACUUGAGGGCGAUGGUGGGGAGAGGACAUCCCCCGAGCACAGAGAGCCAGAGGCAGGGAAGAAGGGUGAUGACGUCGAGAGCAUAAUGAAGAAAUAUCUCCAGAAGUAGCAACUAGCUCAGGUUGAUACACUGAGGAUCAGAGAGGUUACGUCACUUGUACAAAAUCACGUAGGCAGAACUGGGAUCUGAAGCUCUAGAAUCCCUACUUUUCGUCUCUAAUACUUUUCCCUAGAAACACAUUCCAGGCAUCUUCAUAAGUGGAAUCAGAGCUGCCUGAUAAUGCACAGUCUUCAUAAAUAUCCCAGUUCCUGAACCUUAGAACUUGCAGCAGCUCAGGGCUCAGGUGGAUGAGUAAUUGCACAUGGCUGUUCAACGUGCACUUUGCCACAACCCCCAGGCCUCUGACCAAAGUGACAGAUGCACCAUCCUCCACUUCAGGAGACCUGCUUUUUCGAGAGGCACCCUCAGCACAUCAAAAACCAUUGCCCCUUCCGUGGAGAUGGGCUUGGACUACAUCAGAGCAAAUUAAUUUGACUUAACAUGGCCUUCUCUCUGCUCUCAAUUACCGAGUAAAGAUCUGAUAUUCAUUUACAUUAUUAUGCUCUCGGGAACACAGAAAGCAGUUUCAAAGGCCAAGUAAAGGGCACACGUUCAUAAGGGGAACAAUCCUUAGCAGAAGUUGUCACAGAACAUCUUGUCUCUGACAUUUUUUUUUUAACUCAAGUCUCUUUU